UUCUUUUCUGUUUCCAGGUUGUGUGAACUGAGGGCCGGAUUGUCCUGGUGCUUGUGGUGUUGGCCCACAGCAGGCAACAUCACCUAGAGUGCUCCACAGUCACCAAGAGCCGCUCCUCUUACUGUGUGAAAUGAAACUGGUUAGCCACUGCAAAGGCACCAGCUGGGUCCCAGCAUGCUUUGCUCCAUCCGGGUAGUCUCCACUCUGAUCUGAAUAGUGCAUGGCAUGCAGGAAGCUCUUGGGCCUGCCCAGAAUAACAAGAAGUGCUAAAGUUAAAGCACCUCCAAAGAUAAUUGAUACAGGGGGAGGGUUCUUUUUGGAAGAGGAGGAAGAGGAGGAACACAGGGUUGAGAAAAUUGUCCAUCAGCCAGGACCUGUGCUAGAAUUUGAUUACCUUAUUUGUGAGGAAUGUGGCAAACAAUUCAUGGACUCAUAUCUCAUGCAGCACUUUGAUUGGGCAACAUGCGAUAAUUGCAGAGAUGUUGAAGGUAAGCAUAAGCUUAUAACAAGGACUGAGGCAAAGCAAGACUACCUUCUUAAAGACUGUGACUUAGAUAAGAGAGAACCGGUGCUCAAAUUUAUUUUGAAGAAAAACCCUCAUAAUUCACAGUGGGGUGACAUGAAGCUUUACUUAAAAUUACAGGUAAUAAAACGUUCGCUUGAAGUUUGGGGUAGUGAAGAAGUGUUGCAAGAAGCAAGAGAAACCCGCCAAGAUAAUAGAGAGAAGAUGAAACAGAAAAAGUUUGAUAAAAAAGUUAAAGAGCUCCGUCGAGCUGUUAGGAGCAGUUUGUGGAAAAGAGGAACAGGUUCCCACCAGCAUGAGUACGGACCCGAAGAAAACAUUGAAGAAGAUAUGUACAAAAAGACAUGUACUAUAUGUGGCCAUGAAUUAACAUAUGAGAAAAUGUAAUAGCCCUUGAUUAAUUUUACAUAAAAUGCACCUUUUGUAAUGUUAAUAUUUUGUAUCAAGUAAAAUAAAAAUGAUUGAACAUAAAUCUUUGUGCAGGAUUGCACAGAGAAAACAGGA